AUGAGACGUGUUUAUCGAACGUACGUUCGCGAUUUAAUAUCGCCCGCGACCAGGCAAAUGAGGUCGAUUUACUACAAAUUGCCUCAAAUUGAAAUACAAAGAAGUAGCUGUGUGCCACCUGAGCCGUUGCCGGUGAAUGGGCCGUCGCGUGCGACGGAUUACGGCCGAGUCGGUCGCCAGCGACUGACAUGGCCACCCCCCCCCGGCUUUCUGUGUCCCAGUGGCGCGACCGUCAAAAGCGGGGGCAGAGCAGCGAUUAAUUGCAUUUGCGGUGUUGCGCAACACGGGCGCUUUCACAAGGGCUCCCUGGAGACCACGGAGGCGCUUCCCUGCUUGAAUGCCGAUCAGUGA